AUGUCUCCUCCAUCAGCCCAAGUCGCAAACCACAUUAUCUCCAAUGACUCAUCAAUUGACAUUGUCACAGAUGGAAUAAAAAAUUUAGACUAUUCUUCCAAACAAGGCUACGGCAACUUCGAUACUCAUUUCUAUGCUGGUCAAGACGAAGUUUCCCCCUCUGGCUUGUUGAAAAUCCGUGGGUCCUACAGAGAAAAAUCGAAGUACCCAGAUUAUUUGCCUACUUGGGACCCAACCGAGAAGUAUGGCCCAUUAGAAUUCCACGAAUAUCAUGAUCCCGCCUUGAGAGCUGACCCCAACUUUCCCAAUCUUUUUGCAGAAGAGAAGAUUGGGCAAGUAAAGGUGAAGAAGGUUACACCAAAAUUAGGUCUCGAGAUUAAUGGGAUUCAAUUAACAGAUCUCUCUGAUGCUGGGAAAGACGAUCUCGCUUUGCUUGUUGCACAAAAAGGAGUAGUUAUUUUAAGAAAUCAGAAUUUUGCUGACGAGGGACCAGAAUAUGUGACUGAAUAUGGAAAGCAUUUUGGCAAGUUACACAUUCAUCAAACCAGUGGACACCCUCAAAACAACCCUGAACUACACAUUACCUACCGGAGACCUGAUGCGGAUGAAUUUGCAAGAGUUUUCGAUAACUCGACAUCAUCCGGUGGCUGGCAUACGGACGUUUCUUACGAGUUACAGCCACCUUCAUACACUUUCUUUAGUGUUGUCGAAGGCCCUGACGGUGGCGGAGACACGCUUUUUGCGGACACCAUCGAAGCUUUCAACAGAUUGUCUGAGCCUUUGCAGGACUUUUUGAGUACUCUUCAUGUCAUCCACAGUUCAAAGGAGCAGGCUGAAAACUCGCAAAGCCAAGGCGGAAUACAAAGGAGAGCACCUGUUACACACAUUCACCCAUUGGUUAGGGUUCAUCCUAUCUUGAAAAAGAAAUGCUUGUAUGUCAACCGUGCAUUUUCCAGAAAAAUAGUUGAGUUAAAAAGGCAAGAAUCUGAGUCAGUGUUGAAUUUCUUGUAUAAUGUGGUGGAGAGCAGCCAUGAUUUGCAAUUGAGAGCCAAGUGGGAGCCCCGCACAGUUGUCUUAUGGGAUAAUCGCAGAGUUCAACAUUCUGCUGUGAUCGAUUGGGAAGAGCCAAUUCACAGACAUGCAUUCCGAAUUACUCCUCAGGCUGAAAGACCUGUGGAGGAUUUGAAGUUUUUGAAUGAUGAAAAUUAUUACCCCUCUUCAUUAACUUUGAAUGUUUGA